AUGUUUUGGGUUUUGAGGGGAACACAUGAUGUCUGGCUGAAAUUUGCACAGCUACCAAAGCAACCCACCACCGAGUCUGAGAGAGAUCGAGAGCAAUUCCUCUUGACUAUUGUCGAAGAGUACGCCGCCCUCGUUUUUCGUACCUUGCCACCGGACGAGCUAGCUAAAAGGCUGCCCCCAGAGUUUGAAGUUCAACCCUAUGCUUGGGCUGGACUCAAUGUCUGCGACCCCUUGGACCAGCUGAUAAACGGUCCUAGGUCAUGCAAAAAGGGCUCCAAGAAUAGCAAAAUGGGUAGACUUGGACUACGAAUGCAUGAAGAGUUCUGGAGGCACGCAGAUAUCUCGAAAGGUGAUUUCCAGACCGUUCUCACAGUCUGCGGGGAAUGUAAGGAUUCCUCGACUGGUCGAAUAGACAAGGAGCCCCUCUUUGAAGUACCGUCAGGUAUUUAUCUAGCCAUGUCGAAAAAUUGCGACAAAUGUGGUCGAAGGCGCAGUCAUGUGCCAAAGGACCAGUCCCACCCCUGGAAGACGUUCGAUUCCGCCAAGAAGGCUUAUCUUAGAUCAAAAGGUCAACUUCCCGCCGACGUGGUCGAUUUCACAAUCAUGACCUCCUACGAACUUGCACUGUGGAUACAGUCACAUGGACACCGAGCCGCGCCCUCGGCGAAAAAGUGCAACCUUUUGGCGCGUGCAGAAGACAUACGGAAGGGUCUGUUGGGCAAUCCAAAUUUCCGCCCAACAACCGCAUUGGCCGAAAAGCCGACAGUGAGCUCUGGAGAAUUCGGGAAGAAGGUGAUUUUCUCGGAGCGCGAUAACAGAAUCGUGUUGCCACAAUGGAUGUUCAAAGGUUCAUCUUGGCGGCAGUGA